GUCAGAAGCCGGGGCUGCGACGACGGCGCGUGGAUUGCCGCGGCCUGGGACGGCGCCGAUCGGUCAAGUCCCUCGUCCUCCAUCUUGCCGGUCCUCCGUCGUGCUGCUCCUGGGUGCCCCGCUCGGCCGCAUCUCGAUCGAGUCUCUGUCUCGCCAUCCACCAGCAUGUCGCUUCUGAUCCGCCCUGCCCUCCUGCACGGCCGCUGGAGGCUUGCCUCGGCGGCCUCUCGUCUGGCCCCUCAUGUCAGAAACCCUUCCGUGCUCCAUCGCCGUCUGCUCUCAACGGCCCCUGGAUCGACCGAGACUGCGUCCCAGCAUGCACAAUCGACCACAACCGACAUCCUGACGAGGCUGACGCAGUACACCAUCGUGGCGACGGGAGCAGGAUUCCUCGUCAUGCUCUUCUUUCCGGAGCUGGUGGGCCGCGGGCUCUCGGCCUACAAAGCCCGUCUGAACAAUCGCCGUCUUGACAAGAUCAUCACCACCCUCGACGAAACCACGACUGAUGUGGAGCUGGCCCCUAACGGAGAAAAGAAGGGCCCUGGACAGUCGUUCUACCAUGAGCACGUCACGAAAGACAUCGAGGAGGUUUUGUGCAAGGCCCCCAUCCGUCGAUAUGGCAUCAUCCUUGGCAGUCGCGGCUCGGGUAAGAGCUACCUGAUCAACAAGAUCGCAGAGACGCGACAGUAUCACUGCAAGGUGUCGAUGGAUCUGAUCAACUCAGUGAAGGUCAUGGUCGACGAGAUAUCCGAGAAUGUUGGAUACGAUUUCGAAGAUUGGACGGAGCGCUUGCUGCAGUCGUAUUUUUUCAAGGGCACGACCGAACAAAUGAGCCCCAUCGACAAGCUUGCGUACUUGCUGGAUGAAAUCGAGGAAGCCAUGGUGCGCCUCAAAAACGCGAACAUCUACUCGGAUCGACCCCUGUUUGUGUUUGACGACUUGGAUGGUCUGGAGACGUCUUUCAGCGGGCGCUCGCAGAUGGACCCAAACAACGAUAAGGCGCUGGAGCUUCUCUUCAAGGCUGCCAACAAGUGGGCGCGCGAGGACUUGGCCCUGGUGGUCUUCACAUGUAGCGACAAGAUGUACACGAGGAACGUUCGCAAGAUCGUGAAGAAGGAUCUCCUGGAGAAUGCCAAGAUCUACAGAAUCGAGGCCCUCAACGGCCGGGAAGCAAACGCGUACCUCCAUGCCGAGCUCAAGCCGACUCCACCCGAGCACGAAAUCCAGUUUAUUAAAGAAUCGAUUGGCACGCACAUUGGCGAUCUCCGCCGGAUCUGCGAGGAAUUCACAAAGAUGUCGGAAAACACGGUCACGGAGGUUGUGCGAGCCGACAUCGAGGCAUGUUCCCGCGAGAUUCGCCAGGUCAUGAGCCAGUUUGAGUUCAAGGAUUCAGUGGAGCGAGAGAAGCUUAUGCUCUUCCUGAACCGAGCCCAGAAUGAAAAGCGCCACCUGACCCGCGAGCACGCCCGCGAAUGGAAGAUUCUCAAGUUUGUCGAUGCACUUGUCGACGAAGGCAUCUUGACAUUCACCGACUUUAACCGGGUCAAGUUCCAGAGCCCCAGAGUCAAGCACGCCUUCGAAGACUUUCAGAAGCUUGAUCGGCUGUCGUGGUUUGAUCGCUGGUUCUACUGGCUCUAGAUCGACGGUCGGAACUGUGACCGGUGUGCUCGUGCCGCAAAUGGAGACAUAAGCAUGUCACAGCGCAGCGAAACCCCACUGCUGCUUUAUCCGAGUCAAACAACCUUGACGGGCAGACACCAAAUACAUGCUAUGCCAAUCCGCGAACGUGA